CCUCCCCCCCUUCUCGGCCACGGUUCCGGAACCCGACACGGCAUGCUUGUCUUUCUGCAGCCCGCAUUCCCUGGGCCCGCGAACUCGUCGGCUGACCGCCGCUUGUUCCUUUACCGGGGCGCAGCACGACUUACGGUCCGACGCUUGAAUGACCAAGGAAGGGCCAUGCAUCGCGUGGAACCACAAGACCACAAAGUGGUCUACUCUGCCGGCGUUGUUCUCGCCCCUCCCCCACCCCCCGAUCUCCCGAUCUCCCGUCUCCCGUCUCCCAUCUCCCGCACUGCCCCCAAUCUCGGCCGGGAAGACGCUGAUUGUGAUUGACUCUCCCAGUCAUGCCGACUACCGCGUAUCACCAUCGUCGAGCCAGGAAUUAUAAACGAGCGUGGUCUUCUCCUUACUCGCGUUGCCGAGUCACUAGAGAUUAUAACUAUAACAUGUGCUCUUCUCUUCCACAUAACAUGCCACCUCUCCCAUCCGCCCCUUUUUCAUCGUACUGCCAAGUAUCGCGGCCUUCCUUCCCUCAGAUUGCGCCCAAAGACGCUGGUAUCUCAAACAAUAGAAAGUAUUGGACAGAUGCCUCCCACGAAGUCCCCAUCAAGUCGUCAGGAUGAACUUCCCCGUCCCUUCUCGGCCGUUUCCAUCAUUAACAUAAACAAAACCCACCCCCUUUCACACGUC